GUUCACCAGUCAGCAGCCAGGCGGGCAGGAACAUCCUGUGCGAAUUGUCAGACCACCACCACCACUCUGUGGAGACGGAAUGCCAACGGAGAUCCCGUCUGCAAUGCCUGCGGCCUCUACUACAAACUGCACAAUAUUAACCGACCACUGACCAUGAAGAAAGAAGGGAUCCAGACCCGGAACAGGAAAAUGUCCAGCAAGUCUAAGAAGUGUAAAAAGACCCACGAUGGCUUGGAUGAGUUUUCAAAAAGCCUGAUGGAGAAGGCCAGUUCGUUCAGCCCGGCAGCCCUCUCCAGACACAUGUCACCCAUCCACCACAUCCCGCCCUUCAGCCACUCGGGCCACAUGCUCUCCACCCCAACCCCCGUCCACCCUUCCGGCCUCUCCUUUGGACCCCACCACCCUUCCAGUAUGGUCUCCGCGAUGGGCUAGCGAGAGAACGCCAAGCCCUCUUGGCUCUGCACCAAUAUCUCCCCAACGAGAGGGGGGGGGGGGGGGGGGGGGGGGGGAAACACACUCCACACAAACUGCGAGCAACUUCAACCCGAUGAUAGGAAUCCUCCGAGACU